GGUGCGCCAUGCGCACGGUCCAGUUCUUCCGUUAGCGAGCAACGUGUAGCCUUGAAUAUGCAUAAUGUUGCCGGACUAUUCAUCAUCCUCGGUCUUGGCUUGAUUUUCGCAUUCUGCACUGUUAUCGUGGAAUUCUGUAUCCGUAGUCGGCAGCUUGCACACGAUGAACAGGUACUGUAG